UUUAACGCUUUACCACGACAGAAAAGCUACUGUUGAGAGCACCUUUGAUGCGAGAAGCAACUUGAUCAAUGGCGUGUCUGAAAACAUCGAUCUCAACCACAUUCAGCAGUCCCUGCGGGAAACAAUAGAAACUUUUGCUAGGAAUGCUUCAGGAUUAAGAUUCUUCGAUGAAGUCAAAAAUGAUGUCAUUUUGCAAAGCGUAAAAGAAAUUUCUAAACGGGAACAAAUACUAAUCCAGAAAACAAUGGACGCAAUGUCGUACGAUAAAUUGAUCCCGAAGGAGUCGGCCUUCGAAGCUCUACGACAUUUGUACAGGAAUCAAAUUGCUGGCGUGGACUGGAUGCUUUCGGUGAACGGAGCAGAGGUUUUAGAUCAUUCGCCAUCAUUCGACACAUGCUCAGAUCAUUCAUGGUACGGUACAUGGUUUGUAUGCGCAUCCAUGAACGUCUUGCAACCUCCAUUGCAAUCGCAGCCGUCGACAGCACUUCAAUUAUCACCGUCUUGGACAGAUGGAAAAUCAUCAAGCGCUUUAGGUCAUUGUUGGGCUUUGAAGGGAUCAAAUGGGUUUCUUGAGGUAAAGCUUGCACGCCCGGUGGUUCCCAAGAAAAUAUUGGUGCACAGCAUUCCCAUCGAAAUUUCCCCUGGACAUGGGAAAAGUGCAAUCAAGAACUUCGCUAUUAUGGGGAGGAUUGAUGGGCAAUACCACAUGGUGCUAAAUGCAACCCAUAACCCCUCAUCGCUGACAUCCCUUGAAUCAAAUGAGGGAUUCGAAGUCGAAGUCGAGAAUCAAAUCAUGAUACAACAAGUUCGAGUGGAGGUGUACUCGAAUCAUGGCAAUGAGUAUUUCACUUGCUUUUACCAUAUCGCAUUGAUUGGGGAAGAUUCUUCUGCUGAAGUUGCCUAGUUAUGUAAAGGUUGUGUGCAACAUAAAUUGCUUUCAUAUG